UCUCUGGGUCCUGGUCUUGACUUUUCUCAUUGAGGCUACCAGGCAGCAGUAGUCCGUGCCCAAGCCUGCAGGACGGCUUCAGAAGGAGCAUGUCCAGUGCUGGGAACGGAUGUGACCAUGAACCCUGGUGCCUCCUUGUCUACUUUCACGGCAGUGCCCUUCCCUCCACCCAUUCCUGGCGCCCAGCACCGGCCACCCUGGCAGCAGCACCUGCCACGUCCCAUCACCCCAGCAUUCCCUCCUGGCAGCAGCCUGCUGCUGCCAGCUUUCCCCAGGACGCCUAUGGUGGCUAAUGGUGGCCUUGGCCCCAGUGCCCCUGGGGCUUGCAACCUCACUGUCCAAGUCAGGUCACAAGGGAGGACAGUGGAGGCCCCCCAGACUCAGACCUCUGUCGUUACUCAGGCCCCCCUCAACUGGAGCGCUCCAGGGGCCCUCAGCAGGAGUGCUGCAUGUCCUGCACCCGAAUUCAUAGCAACCCCUGUGAUGGGGACCGUUGUGACUGCUUCAGCUGUUGGAGUUAGUCAGGCUGGCAAGGGAGGCUGGACCCCAGGCUUUCCUCCUCAAGCUCCACCACCAGCUGCCCAGCUGGCCCCUAUCAUUCGCCCAGUGAACUCUGGGCCAUGGCCACAUGACACUUCCAGGGAGGGCCGCCUGGCCACCAACCAGUCCAACGCCUCGCAGGAUGGCUCCUCUAACACCCAGAGAGAGUACAGUAACUUCCGACGUUGGCAGCACAUCAAGCCCCUGGCCCGGAGACACUUUCACCUGAGUCCUGAUGCAGAAGCUUUUUCCUGCUUUCUCAUGUGAGUGAACGCUCAGCGGGUCCUGAGCUUAUGGGAGCUUUUAGAUAAAGAGGAACUGGGGAUGGACUCGCACGUUAGGUUUCUAGGGCUACUGGAAGGAAGGUGUGAGGGCGAUGUCCAUGCUAUGAGAAGG